UCCGGCCUGCUGCGGAAUAACAUCUGCUUGAAACAGUGUUCCAGGAGCGACAUGAGGAGCGGGAGAGCUGGUCUGCUUCUGCUGCUUCUGCUGGCGGGGUUCUCGGCUGUGAUGCGCGUACAAAGGCCCAGCAGCCUCCGUCAGGCGGAGGAGGCCCGAGACAGAGAAGGCGCGGCCGCUGCCAAGGACGGACUUCAGGCAUUCGGCGAGCGGGAGGUCGAGCGGGAGCGCGAAGGGCGGGCGUGGCGCCCCUGGGGGGACAGCGACUGCGCGCGCCAUGAGACAAGGUUUGGCCGCGCCCUGCCCCGGGUCCUCCUGCUGUCGUUCCCCUGCUCGGGCAACACGUGGCUCAGGUACCUGCUGGAGGGCGCCUCGGGCCUCUUCACCGCCUCCGAGUUCGCCGACGAGGAGCUCCUCAGGGCAGGGUUCCUGGGCGAGGGCGAAGACCCAGGCAGCGAGAGGACGCUGGUGCUGAAGAGCCACGGCUCCGUCGACAAGUCGAACCGGGACCUCGUGGGGCGAUACGAGGCAGUGGGACCACGCACGCCGGCCGUUCUGCUGCUGCGCGACCCUCGCAGAGCAAUCAUCUCGUUCUGGAAGCUCCUCUCGCGGCCGGGGGACGGCAGACACACCGCCCAGUUGUCGCCACAGGAUUUCCAAAAUAAUGCUUUCAGAGGUCACGUAGAGCGCAUGACGUCACAGUGGGAGGGGCUUGCAACAGACCGCCUCCUGUGGAACUCCGCCCCCUUGCACGUGCUCCACUACGAACGCCUCCUCACGGACCCGAUCGGCCGCCUUAGGAAGGUCCUCCGCUUUCUCGGCGUGCCAGUCGACGAGGCGAGACUGAAGUGUCUGGCAACUCACCUCGAAGGCUCUUUCAAGCGCUCGGGCAACGAGGACUUCGACCCCUACACAGAGGAAGAGAAGAGGCGACUUUCCCUUGCCGUCAAGCGAGUGCAACGGCUCCUAAGGCUCAUGGGCUACUCUGACCCCCCUCUCUACGAGUGGCAGGACGCUUUACCGUAGGCCUAUUCAAGCAUUUUUGUUUCGGCCUAUAGUAUUUUUUCCCCGUCUCUCCCUUUCUAUGGUGUGUCACCAGAAGGAGUCUUUGCUAAUUUCACUGAAUUCGACUGUAAAGUUAGCCCAGGCUGGAGACCUCUCACCCCCCCCCCCUUGAGUUGCCCUUCGCGCCUGUGUGAGUCGAGUUCUCAAUAAUUCUUAAAUGAAGGACUAUGUAUUGUUUAUGAGAAAACCAAAGUAAAUUUUGUAUAAAUACAUGUGUGUGUGUGUGUGUGCACAAGCUGUUAUAGCAUUAGUAGUAGAUAUGAACAGUGCUUUUAUGAGAACAUAAAGUUGCAUGAAGGUCAUGUCAAAGUUCCAUUUCACUCUUUUAACUUUUGAAUAUGUUCUGACGAAUAUACAUGAAUAUGCUAAAGGCCGGAGCAGUGCAACAGGCUGUUAGGUAUAGCUUAUGUAUAUGCUUUGUUCAGCGAUCUCUCUUACUGCUGUAGCGUGUCUCGUAUGGGCACCUACU